CACUCCCUUCCUCUGUAGCUUAGCAUUGGACAUAAGUAAUCAUACACUGUAAUCUCUGAUGGAAACCUGGGUUUAAGCGUUUUGCGGCGCUUAAUCUUCUGUUUACUAUGCUCUCUCUGCAAUUCAUCGUCCCCGGAGCUCUCGAUCGUCCUUCGCCAGUGCUUCCUGGCAGCAGUUCUUCGUCGUUUUGGGCCAAAGAUAGGCGCCUUCUCAAGGCAAGUCCUUCAAUUGAUGGUAGAAAGAAGCUUCGAUUCAAUGGCGGAACUGUUAGGGUUUUGGCAAUGUCUGGGAAUUCUUCUGCGUUCAAGAUGAAUCUUAACGAGUAUCUGGUUACUCUAGAGAAACCACUUGGUAUCCGGUUCGCUGUCACUGCUAACGGAAAAAUCAUCGUUCACUCCCUUAAGAAAGGGGGUAAUGCAGAGAAGUCGAGAAUUAUAAUGGUCGGGGACACUUUGAAGAAAGCAGGCGAUUCAUCGCAAAAUAGGCUUUCUGAGAUUGAGAACGUUGAAGAUGCGCGGAAUAUUUUAAAGGAGCAAACUAAUCCUUUAAGCAUGGUUCUUGAGAGGCCCAGAUCUCCUUUUCCUAUUCAUCUACUGCACAAGAUAAAUGAUUCUGAAGUACAAUUUAACAGAGGUCAAGUUCCUGUUGCCACCUGGAACAAGACGUUAUUGGCUUCAAAUUUACAACCAUCUAUUGAAAGCUCUGGGAAUAGUGGUUUUUCUACUUUCAACCCAAAGUUUCUAACUCCAAAAGGAAGCAAGUUAUUGGGCGAUCCGAAUGAACAUGUCAUCCUUAAUGAGGAGAUAAAAUUCUUUAGUGAUGAAGAGUAUGAUGAAGGAGAGUGGGCUCAUGGAAGUUUCCCACUUGAGGAAUAUGUCAAAGCUCUGGAUCGUUCAAAAGGCGAGAUGUACUAUGAUCACUCCCUUGGUAUGCGCUAUACUAAGAUUUCAGAGCAAAUCUAUGUGGGAUCAUGCAUACAAAGAGAAGCUGAUGUGGAAACAUUGUCAAAAGUUGAGGGAGUCACUGCUGCUCUGAACUUUCAAAGUGCAACUGAAGCUGAGAAUUGGGGAAUCGAUUUCAAAUCUAUUAAUGAAUCAUGUCAAAGGAAUAAUAUCCUUAUGAUCAACUAUUCUAUACGGGCGGGAGAUUCUUAUGAUAUGAGAAAGAAAUUACCAUUUUGUGUGGGGCUUCUCUUGCGGUUGCUAAGGAAAAACCAUCGCGUUUUUGUUACAUGUACUUCUGGAUUUGAUCGAUCUCCUGCUUGUGUGAUUGCAUACCUGCACUGGAUGACAGAUCUUUCCCUUCAUGCAGCUUAUACAUGGGUCACUGGGAUGUACACAUGCAGACCUGACAGGCCAGCAAUUGCCUGGGCAACAUGGGAUCUUAUAGCUAUGGUUGAAAAGGGUAACCAUGAUGGACCCCCUACACAUGCGGUUACAUUUGUAUGGAAUGAGAGUGAGGGACAGGAUGUAACAUUGGUGGGAGAUUUUACUGGAAAUUGGAAAGAACCAAUCAAAGCAAUACACAAGGGUGGAAUAAGAUACGAAGCAGAAGUUAAACUUCCUCAAGGAAAGUACUACUAUAAGUUUAUUGUGAAUGGAAACUGGAGGCAUUCAACUGCUUCACCGGCAGAAAGGGAUGAAAGGGGGAACGUUAACAACGUAAUUGUGAUUGGUGAUACUGCUAGUGUCAGGCCUUCUGUUCAACACCAGCCGAAAGAUGCCAACGUUGUAAAAGUGAUCGAGAGGCCUCUGGAUGAAAAAGAGCGGUUUAAGCUGGCGAAAGCAGCUCGCUGCAUUGCUUUCAAUGUCUGUCCUAUUACGUUAGCUCCCAAGUCGCAAGUAGUUGCGUAGAAACACUAUGGUAUCGGGGCAUUACAUUGUGAAGCCAAGCAAUUUUGUCGCGGUGGUGAAGUCCCGAGGAGUAAUCGUACCCUGGGCCAUCUCUUAUGAAAUAAAUCGUUGUCUGUUUCUCUGCCACAGCUUCCGCCCUCAUUUUGUCGCUUCUUGUAAAGCCAUGAAUAAUGAUCCAUGUGCAGUUGUUUCAUCUAAAGCACAGUAGACUGAACUGCGUGUCUUUGUCUUCAUUGUAAAGAUGUUUAGAUAGAUGUUGUCAUUGUAAACAAUAAGUCAUUAUUUUUUUCCUAUAUAGUUUAAUUUUUUAAAAUCAUGUUAGAAAGAUUUGAACCUUUAAUGCUAUUUGCCUCGUGCUUACAGAGUUCA